AUGUGUCACUCAAAACCAGUAUCAGAAUCUGCCAAACUGGUUUCGAUGAAGCGUUUUAAUGAGAACUCUACGAUUAGCGAAGUGCUGGAUUCGUACCAAUAUUUUGGAUUUCAAGCCACAAACGUGGGUAAGGCCGCAAAGAUCUUAAAGCAAAUGUACGAAUGGCGCUUGUCUUCGGAACCUCUGACGAAAGAAGAAGAAGAAGAGCUGGUGGACAUGCAAAACAACGACGGAACCAUUUUUUCGUGGGCUAGCCCAGAAAUUAGGCCCGUCACACGAGCUACCAUUUUUUUAUCUUUUACGAGUAACAUGAUCAGCUGCGGUUUGCGCGACACUUUUGUCUACUUGGCAAAACAAAAUUUGGUGGACUGCAUUGUCACAACCGCUGGUGGCAUAGAAGAAGAUUUUAUUCGUUGUUUUGGAAAAUUUGUAGUUGGAGACUUCCACAAAAUAAAAGGACCAAAACUGCGUGCAGACGGUUGGAAUCGCAUUGGAAAUAUCUACGUCCCGAACGAGAACUACGUAAAAUUUGAAAGUUGGCUUUUGCCAAUUCUCGAUUUCAUGUUGGAACAGCAGAUCAAGCUAAACUACAACUGGACGCCUUCGAAAAUGAUUGCCCUGAUGGGGAAAAUCAUAAACGACGAAUCGAGCUUGUACUACUGGUGCUACAAAAACAAGAUUCCUGUUUUUUGUCCAGCAAUAACAGACGGUUCCCUUGGAGAUUGCUUAUAUUUUCACUACAAAAAUAAAGAUACCAAGUUGAAAAUUGAUACAAUAGAAGAUAUAAUAUUUAUGAACGAAACUGCAAGAACUGCUAAAAAAUCCGGCAUAAUCAUAUUGGGAGGGGGGCUUCCGAAACAUCACGUGUGCAACGCCAAUUUAAUGAAAAACGGAGCGGAUUUCGCUGUUUACAUCAAUACAGGCCAGGAAUUCGACGGCUGCGAUUCGGGCGCUUCGCCAGACGAAGCGAUUAGCUGGGGAAAAAUAAAUUCCGAGGCUCAGUACGUAAAAGUGAACUCGGACGCUAGCAUUGUUUUUCCGUUAUUGCUUUGUGGCGUCAUAAAAAAUUAUACUGAUUUCAAAAAAAGUGCGAUUAGAACUUCUCCUUACUACACAAAUUACUACCCAAAUGUUGACAUUUUUAAUUUAGAGUUGAAUCAUUAG